GUAUUUCAAAAAAAGGUUCAAAUGUCCCAUUAAGCUAUCAAUUAAUUUCAUUGGAGCUUCACUGGUACAAAAUAUACUCUCAGUAAUACACAAUACAAUUUCAAUGAUACUUACAAAAAUCUUCAGUGGUACAAAAUAUAUUCUCAUUAGUUGGGGUCCCAAUACUUUUUUGUCUAUUUUGCACAUAAAACCAUUUUUUACCAUUUAGGUGGGCCCCACCCCAACUUUUUUUCACUCUCUCUAUAUAUCUCUUCCUUUCUCCUUCUUACUAGUACAUUUGUUAUAUUAUUUUAUGUUGUGAGACGUUUUCAUUUGUCUCACAACCCUACAUUUAUACUUCCUCAAGUAAAUACUCAUAUGAUCUUUCCACUCUCUUCUAUGAUGUCAUGUUUUGAUUCUUAUUUCAAAAAAAUUAAUACAAAGUAGUUUAUUAUGCUAUACUUUGGAUUUUCUUGAAAAAAAAAAAAAAAAAAUUGUGAAUGAGGUCAAGAAUACUAUUUGGUUAUUAUCUUUUCCUCUCAAUUUGAAUUGAGCUAGCAGAUGAAACAUGAAACCCUUUAGAGAUGAAGAAAAUUAAAACAGUAAAGGAUUUUGUUAGGAAAUAUAGGGAGAGGAAUAUUAUUCAUAAUUAUCAUAUAUUAUGUUUUCUGAUUUAUAGCCUUAGAUUGACACAAGAUAACAGUUAUAAUAUCUUGUGAUGAUAUCUUUUAGGAAUUUAUGUACUCUAUAUAUGAUUUGAGAUGAAUGCAAAGAGACUCAAGCUUUGAGCCCUAAACAAUUUAUCAUGAUAUCAAUCGCUUAGGUAUACUUAAAAAUUUUAAAAAAAAAAAAAAAAAAAACAGAGAAGAAGAACACAAACAGAACCUUAAACGCCAUAGCCAUAGCUGGUGACGAUACUCCGCCUCCUCCACCACCACGCAUAGAUACUACAUCUCCUUACUAUCUUGGUCCUCACGACCGUCCAGGAGAUUUCAUUACCCCGACUCGCCUUCGUGGAGAAAACUAUGAUGAGUGGGCCGGAGACAUACAAACUGCGUUGGAGGCUCGCCGGAAAUUCGUGUUUCUUGAUGGAACAAUCACAUCACCAUCUCUUCCAUGUACUCAGACCGAUUGGAACACAAUUCGUGCCAUGCUCAUCUCUUGGCUUAUGAACACAAUCGAUCCCGAGGUUAAAGGUACCCUGUCCAAAUACAAAGAUGCUAAACGCUUACGGGAGACUCUCAAGAUGCGUUUUGCUACGGUGAAUGGUCCAAGAAUUCAGCAAUUGAAAUCUGCAAUUGCUAAAUGUGAACAAUCCAAAGUCAUGUAAGUUGCGACGUACUUCGGCAAAUUGACAGCCCUUUGGGAGGAAUUGAACAAUCACGAACCUCUGAUCACUUGUUCGUGUUGUGAUAAAUGUACAGCAGGGUCUGAGCAUGAAAGAAGGCGUGAGAAUACUCGACUUCACGAGUUUUUAAUGGGACUUCACUCUGAUUAUUUCUCACAAACUCGAACUAAUAUUUUGUCUCAAGAACCAUUGUCUUCUCUUGAUCGUGCAUAUCAAUUGGCCAUCCAAGAUGAACGAGUUCGGCAAGCAAAACAGAAUACCGAGGAACAACCACCUGAUGCGGUGGGAUUUGCUCUUCGAACAAACACAGGGAAGGGGAAGCCUCCGAUUUCUGAUGACAAAUCAGUGUUGCUCUUCACAUAUUGCAAGAAACAAGGUCAUCUAAUUUCUGGUUGUUUUGAAUUAAAAGGUUUUCCAGAAUGGUGGCCAAAUCCUUCCAAGAGAAGCAAGACUCCACAAUCCGGUGCAAAAGGCCGCAACCAGCCACAUGCUAAUGCCACUACUGCUGCUCCUUCUGCCAGCUCCAGCAAUGCCGAGUCAGGGGGAAGUGUAUCUCAAAUGUUCACGGCAGAACAGUGGAAAGCAAUAGCAGGUUUUGUGGGUAACACAAAAAUUCCCGAUGACCGUUUGAAUAGUGAGUUCGACAAUGAUUUGUGGAUUGUUGACACAGGUGUUUCUCGGACCAGUUGAGGGAGCUGAUUGGAACGAGUGUUAGGCGAGAUGGACUGUUUUACUUUGAAGGACACGCAACGGUGCAACAGGUGGCUAUUUCUGAGUCUUCGACAGAGUUAGAACUGUGGCACAAGCGAAUGGGUCAUCCUUCAGAAAGAAUAGUAACACUUCUCCCUCCCGUUCUUAAUUGUAAGGGUAGUUUGAAUAAAGCAUGUGAAGUUUGUUUUCGUGCUAAACACCCUAGGGAUAGUUUUUCUUUGAGUGAAAAUAAAACCUCUAGAAUAUUUGAAAAAAAUACAUUGUGAUUUGUGGGGUUCAUAUAAACAUGCAUCAUCUUGUGGUGCUCGUUAUUUUUU